AUGGCGGCCGCGGCCCCGCCCGCACCGGAAGCUGCAGCGCUGCUCCGUGCCCCGGGAAGCGGAGGCUCGGCCCGGCCGUUCCGCGGCACCAGCGUUCCGGGCGGCGCCAGCCGCUCCCUGCGGCCCGGACCGGCAGCCUGUGCGCUUCCUGGCAAGGGAGAAAGACGGAGGCGAAGGUGCGGGAAAGCAGCAGCGGCUCAGAGCCUGGAGCGGGGCUUUGGUGUGGCGGUGGCGCUCCAAGCCAUUCACCAGAAUGCCAUGACCUUGGAACUUCACCCUCCAGUUGCCUUGGGACCUGUGGAUGAGAUCUCAUCAGGCCCCAUGGACCUGUGCACCUUCAGAUUAAAUGUGGUUAGCACUUUCUUUGAAGAUAAGAGUCGAGAGGCAGAGCUGGUCAAAAUGGAGCUUGAAGAUGAUACCAUCUGGAAUCAAAGCAGAUAUUUGGAUGAGAGAUUUUCAAAUCCAACAGAAUAUGUGAAGAAGAAAAAGCUCCUGAAGUACCAAGUCACCUGUGCUGUCCUGCUCUGUGCUUUGGUGGUUGUCUCUCUGGGACUAGGUCUAGGACUAGGACUGCACCGUGCAGCCCAGGAGCAAGUCAGCUGCAGACACAAGUGCCACGAGCCCCCUGGGGCAGAGGUGCCAGGGUGCCGCUGUGACAGCGCCUGCCAGGAGCGGGGAGACUGCUGCUGGGACUAUGAAGACACCUGCGUGGAGCCAGCGCGGUCCUGGAGGUGCACUCGUUUCCGCUGCGGUGAGACGCGCGUGCCGGGCAGUCGCUGCUCCUGUUCUGAUGACUGCCUGCAGAGACAGGACUGCUGUGCCAACUACUACAGUGCCUGCCAAGGUGAGCUGCCCUGGGUAGAAGAACCCUGUGAAUCACUUGAAGCCUCGUGUCCAGCUGGGUUCACCCUCCCACCGCUUAUCCUCUUUUCCAUGGAUGGCUUUAGAGCAGAGUACUUGCAAACCUGGGCUUCCUUGCUGCCCAAUGUGGAGAAAUUCAAAAGGUGUGGCACACACUCCAAGUACAUGAGAGCUGUUUACCCCACCAAAACCUUCCCAAACCACUACACUCUUGUCACAGGGCUGUACCCAGAGUCCCAUGGCAUCGUUGACAACAGCAUGUACGAUGUGGAGCUCAACAAGCAUUUCUCGCUCUCGGGGACAGAGAAGUUCAACCCUGCAUGGUGGGCAGGACAGCCGAUAUGGCUGACAGCAAUGUACCAAAAUCUGAGAGCAGGAACCUACUUCUGGCCAGGCUCUGAUGUCCCUGUUAAUGGAUCCUACCCCACCUACUACCACCUGUUCAACAGUUCAGUUUCAUACGAAGAGAGGAUCUCCGGGAUACUGGAAUGGCUUGAUUACCCCCAGCCCGAGAGGCCUCACUUCUACACCUUAUAUAUUGAAGAACCAGAUUCUUCUGGCCAUUCCUCUGGACCAGUUAGUGGCAGUGUGAUCAAAGCCUUGCAGGUGGCAGAUCAAGCCCUGGGGAUGCUGAUGGAUGGACUGAAGCAAAGAAAUCUGCACAGAUGUGCAAACCUCAUUGUUCUGGCUGAUCAUGGGAUGGAGGCCAUCUCCUGCCAGCAGCUGGAGCUGAUGACAGAUUACUUGGAGCAGGCUGAUUUCUACGUCUACGCAGGUCCUGCAGCUCGCAUCCGAGCGCUGAGCGUCCCUGAGGACUACUUCACCUUUGACUCAGAAGGAAUUGUUAAAAACCUCACAUGCCGAAGGUCCCCUCAGCACUUCAAGCCUUACCUGACGCCUGACCUGCCGAAGCGCUUCCACUACGCCAACAGCAUCCGCAUCGACAGAGUCCAUCUGCUGGUGGACCCGCAGUGGCAGGCUGCCAGGGACAGCACUUACACGUUUUGUGAUGGAGGCAACCAUGGCUAUGACAACAAGCUGAAAAGCAUGGAGGCUAUGUUCUUAGCUUAUGGCCCCAGCUUUAAAGAGAAAACAGAAGUGGAUGCUUUUGAAAACAUAGAGGUUUACAACCUGCUGUGUGAUUUGCUGCACAUUUCCCCAGCACCCAACAAUGGAACACAUGGAAGCUUGAAUCACCUCCUGAAACAGCCUUUUCACCACCCCUCCCCUGCCAGAGAAGAGUCAGCUCCUUCUUCAUGUCCAGUUUCCCAAGUGGUUCCCACAGAUGACCUGGGAUGCAGAUGUGACAAUAUCUCAGAUGUUUCGGAAGCAAACAGGAGGUUAAAUCUCACCACAGAAGAAAUAACUGAGGCACACUCCUAUCAUUUGCCAUAUGGGAGACCCAGACUUCUGCAGAAGGAGAGGACCUACUGCCUCCUGUCCCAUCACCACUACGUGAGCGGAUACAGUGCUGACAUCCUGAUGCCGCUGUGGACUGCUUACACUCUGGAGAAGCCUGAAAACACAGCUCCUCUUCCUCCCACUGCUGCAGACUGUCUGCGGGCUGAUGUUAGGAUCCCUGCUGCUCAGAGCCAAAAUUGUUCUGACUACCCAGAAGUGCUGACCUUCAGCCACAGCUUCCUCUACCCUCCCAGCCUCAGCUCCCCUGCUGCUGCACAGCAGGAUGCCCUACUCACCAGCAACAUCGUCCCCAUGUACAGAGCAUUCCGAGACAUCUGGGACCAUUUCCAUCAUGUGCUUCUCCAGGAGUACGCUAGAGAAAGGAAUGGAGUAAAUGUGGUCAGUGGACCAGUGUUUGAUUACAAUUAUGAUGGCCACUUUGAUGCUCCUGAUGACAUCAAGCAGCAUGUGAACAACACCCAAAUCCCUGUCCCAACCCACUACUUUGUGGUGCUGACAAGCUGCAAGAACAAGUCCUACACUCCACUGAACUGUUCAGGCUCCUUGGAUGCUUCGUCUUUUAUCAUUCCUCACCGACCUGACAACUCUGAAAGCUGUGCUGGCAAUCGAGCAGCUGCUGAGUGGGUUGAAGAAAGAGUGUGGGCUCACUGCGCACGUGUGCGGGACGUGGAGCUGCUGACAGGGCUGGACUUUUACCAGGGAGCAGAGGAACCCAUCUCAGAGAUCCUAAAGCUCAAGACAGUUUUGCCAACAUUGGAGGCUGGAACUAACUGAGUGGCUCUUCAUCAUGUGGCAGUUCCUGGAAGAAAGCAAAUCUAAGUGAUUGAACUUUGUCCCUUGC